AUGUGCCGGCAAAAACUCGGUAGAAUUUUCUGUUUCUUUAUUUCUUUCUCCCUCUAUGGUACGAGUGUGUGCUGGUGUCUACGAGUGUGUGUUGGUGUGUACGAGUGUGUGUUGGUGUGUACGAGUGUGUGCUGGUGUGUGCAAGUGUGUGCUGGUAUUUGCAAGUGUGUGCUGGUAUAUGCUGGUGUUUGCGAGUGUGUUGGUGUGUAUGUGCGUGCGCGAGUGUGUGUCUGUGUGAGUGUGUGCUGUCUGUAUGUGCGUGUGUGUGUCUGUCUGUAUGCGCGUGUGUGUGUCUGUCUGUAUGUAUGCUUGGUGGUGAUGGUGGUGAUCUAA